AUGAAACAAUCCGAAAGUGCGCACCUCAACCAUCCCUGGCCUCCCUUCAUAAAUCAGACACCUAAUUUACAGCUGGACACUUUAGAUUUUUCUGACCUAUGGGAUGAAGAAGAUCUGGAUUUGGACAUUGCUGAUGAUGAGUCUUCUCAACACAAUUUACAUUCCAGUCAAAACCUAAAAUACCAUUUUGAUACAACAGUAACUCCACCAGCUCCUCCAUUGGCUCCCCCUCUUCCUCAAGCCAAUCCGGUUCCCCUGGAUGUAGGUCGCCGAACACUGAGGCUACACUGGAAGGAGUUGGCGAGUUUGCAACCCCUGCCUAGGGUCAGUCGCUUUGGGCAGCAGUCGAUUUGGGCUUCUUUGGAACCAGUAAAUCUGGACACCAACAGGCUUGAGUAUCUGUUUGAGAGCAAGAGCGGCAGCAGCAAGGCUUUCUCAGCUAGGAUGGGUGGCACACGGAAUCAACCAUGUGUGUCAGUGUUGGGUGUAAAGCGCAGUAAUAUCAUCACCAUAGCCCUGAGCAGCCUUCCUCCUCCUCACCUGCUUCCUCCAGCCAUCUACAACAUGGACUCCAGUGUACUAGACCGGGAGGAUUUACAGAGGCUGCAGUCCCUGGUCCCGUCUGAGGAAGAGCUGAAUUUGAUUAAGGAGGCAAGUGCUCAGGCACCACGUUUACCUCUGGCUCCCGCUGAGCAAUGCCUUCUUAUCCUGGGAAACGUCACUAACCUGAGCUCAAGGCUCCAACUCUGGUCCUUUGCACUGGACUACGAUACACUGGAGAAGGAAAUUGCAGAGCCACUGUAUCAUCUGAAGCUUGCAAUGGAACAGAUGGCAACCAAUCAGACGUUUCGCUGUAUACUUGCUACUGUGCUUGCCAUUGGGAAUUUCCUAAAUGGAUGCAAGGCUAAAGGAUUUGAACUGAGUUACCUGGGAAAGCUCUCACAGGUGAGGGACACGCACAGCCGACAGCCUCUGUUGCACCACGUCUGCGUAUUACUACUUCAGCUAUACCCACAAUCCUCAGAUCUGUACUCUGACAUUACAGCUGUCACACGGGCCAGUAAGUGUGACUACUUGCAGGUUCAGGCUGAUCUCUCGGCUCUGGAGGCUCUUUGUAAAGCAUCCUGGAAGAAGCUGCGUCAGAUAACGAAGGAUGAUGAGAGGAAGGGAGCUGGACGAGUACAAGGGGAGAAGCGUGGGGCCAGUGAGGCAUGCUUCUACAAGAAACUACCACAGUUCCUGAAGGAGUGUGGCGAAAGGCUGACGGUACUCAGAGCAGUCCAUCGGAGGGUCAUUAACAGGUUUCACUCAUUCCUUCUUUACCUGGGCUAUUCACGGUCCAUGGUGAGGGAAAUGAGUGCGGAUGCAUUCUGCAAAAUCGUCAACGACUUUGCUCUAGAGUACAGAGCGACCCGCAAUGCCAUCCUUCAGCAGAAAGAAAGGGACCAGGAACGGGAGAAAGAGAGAGGAAAAGAGGAAGGGAAAGGAAAAGGUGGCUCUACUUCCAAAACUAAAGAAAAGGCUCAACAAAGCCCUUCUCAGGACAGUGUGGAGCAGUCGAUGCUGGAAGAAGUUUUGAAGACUCCUGAGUCAUCCUUUCGCUUCGACACCAGUCUGCCACGUCACCGCAGCAAGACGCCAAACCUCAGAGGUUCUAUUUCACAAAGACUGAAGUGGUAAAGAGAAAUGCUUGGGUUUUUCAAAUAUGUCAUUUUUAACCUGUUAAAAUGUGUAAAGCUGUAGCUCCCAUUCACAGAUACA